CUGUGCGUGGGGAGCGGGGGGUGGUCAGCUGCAGUCUCCCAGCCGCGAAGGGGCCGGUCAGGAGGCCUCGCGCGGGUGCGCGCCCGGCCUGGCCUCGUGCUCCUGCUCCGCGCGGACCCCGCGCCUUCCCCGGGGUCCUGCACACUCCCCACCGUCCAGGUCCUGGCGUCGCGCCGCCUGCGGCUCGGGCUGGGCGCGCUCCAGGCGCAUUCCUGGCCGGGCGGCCCCUCCUCCUUCCCCCGCCUGGGGGCCGGCGCCUCCCUCCCGCGCCCCCACCGCUGGACCACGGACGCUGGUGGCCGCAGGCGCCCCAGGCGGCGCGCACCGGCUUAACUGCGCUCCCCUCCCAGGCGGCCGGCCGCGCUUCCACCGCCGGGACCCUGCGGGCUGGACGCACUGGGCAUUGGCUGGAUACGCUCAGCACCAGCGGGACACACUCGGCAGCAGCCGGACAGCGUCGUUCCCUCCCAGGCAGAGCGGUCCCCGCCGGCGAGAUGCGACUCCCCGGCCCCCGCGCGCUCCUCCUGCUGCUGCUGCUGCUGCUGCUCGUCGCCGGCCCGGCGCAGCUCGGCGCCCAGGUAAUGGGUCAGGUCAGACGCGGCCACACUGAGAGCUGCCUCAACAAGCAGCAGGUCCUCACGGCCAUCCGCCAGUUGCAGCAGCUGCUGAAGGUCCAGGAGACCCGCUUCGCCGAGGGGCUCCGCAACGUGAGGAGCCGGCUGGCUGCGCUCCAGAGCUCUGCCAACAGAGUGGGUCCCGACAGCCCCCCAGUUUCCUGCCCCGCUCUGAACGCCCCUCGAGACGGCAGGAAGUUUGGAAGCAAGUACUUAGUGGAUCACGAAGUCCAUUUUACCUGCGACCCCGGGUUCCAUCUGGUGGGGCCUAGCAGUGUGGUGUGUCUUCCCAACGGCACCUGGACUGGGGAGCAGCCCCACUGCAGAGAUAUCAGCGAGUGCGCCAGCCAGCCUUGCCAGCAUGGCGGGACGUGCUUAGAAGGAGUCAACCAGUACACGUGCAUCUGCCCUCCAGGAAGGACCGGGAGCCGCUGCCAGCACCAGGCCCAGACUGCCGCCCCCGAGCGCCAGGCCGACGACCCCGCCUUCAGCCGCGCGCCCCGCUGCGCGCAGGUGGAGAGGACCCGGCACUGCAGCUGCGAGGCGGGUUUCCAGCUGAGCGGCACGGGCGGCGACAGCGUCUGCCAGGAUGUGAAUGAGUGUGAGCUCUACGGGCAGGAGGGGCGCCCCCGGCUCUGCAUGCACACCUGUGUGAACACACCUGGCUCCUACCGCUGUGCCUGCCCCAGCGGGUACCGGACCCUGCCCGACAGGAAGAGCUGUGAGGAUAUCGACGAGUGCGUGAGCUCACAGCACCUGUGUCCCCGGGGGACCACAUGCAUCAACACGGGUGGAGGCUUCCAGUGUGUCAGCCCCGAGUGCCCGGAGGGCAGCGGCAACGUGAGCUACGUGAAGACUUCUCCCUUUCAAUGUGAGCGAAACCCCUGCCCCAUGGACAGCAGGCCCUGCCACCACCUGCCCAAGACUAUCUCCUUCCACUACCUGUCCCUGCCCUCCAACCUGACAACGCCCAUCACACUCUUCCGCAUGGCCAUGGCCUCGGUGCCCGGCCGACCCGGACCCAACAGCCUGCGGUUUGGCAUCGUCGGUGGGAACAGCCGCGGCCACUUCGUGAUGCAGCGUGCAGACCGCCAGACAGGGGAGCUGAUCCUCGUCCAGCCCCUGGAGGGGCCGCAGACACUGGAGGUGGACGUUGACAUGUCAGAAUACCUAGACCGCUCCUUCCAGGCCAACCACGUGUCCAAGGUCACCAUCUUUGUGUCCCCGUAUGACUUCUAAGGGUGCUUGAGCACGGGCUGUGGAGAUCUGGGCUCAUGUCUCUUCAAAGCCUCGGCUGUGGGCAUGACUGCGAGACACUGGCCCCACUGCCCACCUGCUCACCUGCCUAUGCACCAGGUGUCCCGGGCAGUGCUGCACGCUGGCCCACAGAGUUGCACAGAAGGGCAACCACAAAAUCCAAACUGCUGCCAUCGCUUCUGUUUUCUGCUUUAAGGUUGUUCCCUUUGAUUAUGCACUAAUUUUCUGAAAUCUCUUUUCCAGGGGAAUGGGCAGCUUUUGAAAAUGCUGUGUGAAUGGCACUGUGAGUCUGAACUAGCUGGGGAGGGGAGGCUCAUGUCUAUCUGAGGUGGUUGCGAGUCCUGAAUUAUGACAGUCACGCUGAGGGUCAAACUGUGCCCUGUGUGCGUGGCACAGGGUGGGUCCUCGGCCACAACCCAGUGUUCUGCUGUUGUCUGUGUCCCCUCUGUGACAUGCCUGACAGCUUUCUCACCAGAGAGGGAUGCAGGGCCCGGGACCCCCAUACUGAUUCUUCUAGACCAAGAGACCACCAUUAAAGAGUAGAUUCUGCCUGAAUUAAUUCCUUUUGAGAAAUCCUAUCUCAAAACAUAACCUGGUUUUCUAACUGAGUAAGUAAAGGCUUUUGCUUCUCCUGCUCACCUGGCCUGCCCCUGAACAUGAGCUGGCCCCGUUCCUUGUAGGAGGGAACCUCUAGCUCUCUCUCUGUCCGGUCGCACCCACUAAGAUGAAUGACUUAGAAAGAACACACAGGUGAAUGUGGGGUUGCUCCCCCAGGGGAAAUCUGGCCUGGACACAUGGGAGAUGGGUCAGCAACACCUGGCUGUGGGGAGUUUAAGAAGGUGCUUGAAUUCCAUUGGUCCCAGGCCUUCUGCUUCUGAUGAAAGAGCCAGGGGGAGAUGCCCUCCAGUGGCCGGCUAGGGGGCGGGGCGUGGGGCAGGAUAGGGUGGGAGACACCAUUCAGUUUAAAACUUAGAAGUUGGUUGAGCUCUGAGGAGGUUACAAUAUCCAAAUACACGUUAAUCUAGGUGAGAUUUCAUCACAGGUGCGUUAUUCAAAAACACUUUGUAUUUGCCUUGGUCUGAGAUGGAGCCAGAGGACGUAUGUUGCCAGGUGAGUGGUCCAUCCCACAUCAGGAUGUUUCUGGGACACUAUCCUUGUCUUCAUUUGUCAGACGAAGAGUGAGUGAUGUUUUUCUCCUCCCAUGGGUUUAGCUGUCAUCUCUGCCACAGCAGAGCCAGGGCCUGCAGAUCUGCCUCCCAGGUUGUUACAAGAACUAUUGAAACUGUAAUCCAAGCUUUGUAUUUUCCAAGUGGUGCUGUGACAGGUCAGAAGCCUGAAGGCCCCUGGGCGACACGCCAGGUGGGAGAGCCCAAGGGCCUGGCCACAUUCCUGAAAUUGAGGCGUCACCGCGGUGUGCUCCUGUUCCUUGCCAGGGCGGGGGUGGGUGCAGGUGAGGCGCGUGGAGGCUCCCCAGGACCGGACGCUCCCGACCUGCACUGUGUGACGAUGACCUGAUGACUGGGAUGCCACACAGGCCGGUCUAAAGCAGUGGUUUGCAUCCCGAGAUCUGCCCUCGCAGAAUCACAUAGGUGAUGGCUGCUCGGGCCCCCCUGUGGAUCAUGCCUGGGCCUUCUCCGGGGGUAACGCCUGACGUUCUCUCUUCUCUCUCACCUCACAUUCCCUGUGGAAGCCAACUCUCCUUUGUCCCUUCACAACCUGUGCCAGGCCAGAGUAGCUAACAGUUCCAGCAUUAAUUUGUACCCCUUUCCAAGAGACCUCGUUUCCUAGUAUUUGGCAGUGGGGUUUUUAAACUUUGUAUCAUGCACAGUUGCAAAUACGUACAGAAGCAUGUCAUGUCAUGAGCCCAUGUCCGAAUCACCAGCCUCAGUGAUUAACACACAGUCAGUCUCUUCCAUCUCUACUCUCACCCCGCCCGCCCCUCCCCCGCCCCCCCAUGACGAUUCUGAGGCAGACCCUGGACAUCACUCGUAGCAUUUCAUCUGUAAGCAUUCCAGCAUGUAUUUCUAAACCCUACGUACUUUUAACAAAGCACAACUUCAAUUCCAGUCAUACCUAAAAGUUAGCAAUACUUCCUUAAUGCCUUCAAAUAUUUCUGAAUGGCCCAUGAUUUUCUGUUUCUUUGAAUUGGGUCCAUGAUUUAUAAUUUGUGGAUAUGCCUCCUUAGUCUCCUUUCAUCUGUACAUCUUAGCAUAUGUUUGGAGAACCUGGAGGCCUAUUAGAAGACAGUGGACUGGGUCAUUUGUCCUGUAGAAUUUCUCACAGUCUGGGUUUUCUUGGAUGCAUCUCUGUUACGUCUUUUAACGUGUUCCUCUGUCCUCUCUGUUUUUUAUAUAUCAACUAGAGGCCUGGUGCAUGAACGGCCAGGGGUGGGGGGUGGGGGGAGGGAGGGACUACGAGAGGUUGGCUAGCAUGUGGGAGCACACUGACCACCAGGGGGCAGCCCCUGUGUUGAGCGUCUAUGGUCGACCAGUCAUGACAGUUGCUUAGGCUUUUAUAUAUAGAGAUGUUUAUAGAGAGAGACUUAACCAGGGUCCUGUUAGGUUUAGUUUUGUAAGACUGCUUUUUUAGUUUUGCAAGAUUACUUCCAGUGGGAGCUAUAGAAACUCUUGUUGACUCUUCUUUCCUGAUGUUAGCAGCCAUUGAUGUUUAUUGACAGAUCCAUGACUCCAUUAGGCAUUGCAAAUAAUAUUCUGGUGCUGUUGUUUAUUUUGUAUUGCUAGCUGGCACACUUUGUAAAGAGAAACCUCUUUUCAUCAAUUAUUUAGUUGUCCUGAGGUUUGGUCUGUAUAGGAAAGGCAGGCAAAUUCCUUGACUGUUUCUUCUUUGUGAGUGUCCCAGGUGGAGAAAGCGAGAAGUGUCUUGUAUGCUGAGUCGGUGAUAAACUCAUGGCGUCAAUGCAUUGCAGUUUCAGUCUUCCUGUUGCUCAGAUGGUGCUGCUCUGGCUUGGGAACUGCUUCAAGGUGGCUGAUUCCUUGUGACACGACCCUGGUGCUCUUUGAUAGUUUUGUAAUGAUCUUGACAAGAUGUUUCAAGCUCAUCUAGUCUCUUCUGUGCCACAGCCCUGAAGUCAUCCAUCUCCCCUGGGACUCUGGUUCCUUUCGGUGGGGAAUGAUAAUUAGAGAUCAAACUCUGGUGCUAGGGGUGCUCAGCGGUAGUGGUUUGGUCAUUGUUUCUUGGUUUUGUGGACAGAACGAGGAAAUAUGUACUCUUAGGUGUGUUUUUUAAGAGAAAAACACUACAUGAGUUUAUAUUGGUAUUCCCAAUUCAAGUCAAGACUGUAGCGUUUUUAAUGUAACUUCAUUGACCUUAUACCUGCUCUUUUUUCUCUCAUUUAAAAAAUCCUUCUCAAAAUUACCAAAAUAAUUACACAUUGUCUUAAAUCUUCAGAAUGACAAUGCCAAAAGUAUCACAAAAAAUAAUUACUGAAAACAGUUAAAGUCUUCUUUUGCAAUUCUUAUUGUCCGAGGGUCUAUGCCGUUAGGGAUGUCCAGUCAAGUUACUGUUUUAAAAUAACUCGGAACAGUUCCUCUCUCUGUGGUUAUACCCCAAAUUUGAAUUAGGGUUAUGGUUAUUCACUUGGUUUUGCUUAAAUUUUUAGAGACUGCUUUUUAAUUUUAAUUUUUUUUAUAAUUAGGUAAACUAUUUACAUGGUUCCAAAGUCCAAUUCACAACAUGUGCUGUAUUCAGAGAAGUCUGUAUUUUAUAUUCCCUCCAUCCUAGUAGCCUUUUCUGCCAGAGAUAAUCAAUAUCUUUUCCCAUUUUACCCCUCCACUUAAAACACUGUAAGCAGAUGGUGAAGGACAGCAUGCUGCUUUACACUUUCCUUGGUCCUACUCUUCCCCUCAAUCGUAUAUAUGGAGUAUAUUAACACCCCACAGCACCUGACAGAACGUUCUCCUAUAAAGUGCUCUGUUGUAACGACAGUGUUUAUCCAACCAGCCACCCUUGAUUGACAUUGGCGUUGUUCCCAGUCCUUUCAUAUUAAAAACAU